UCUAGACAAGUCGGGACGAUUUCUCGCUGAGAGCUUCUUAUUGCGCUCAGAACUUUGCAUCUAAGAAGAGAGCUCCGGGAAUUAAUACAAUUUAUUCGAGGAAGGCUAGUCGGUCUAAUCUGUGUCCAUUGAUCUUAGAGCGCUCUGGCAAAGAUGCAUUUUGGCUCCGUUGUUAUACUGACCUGCACCUUACUUGUGGGCACAUCUUGGGGGACCAAGGCAGGCCAACCACCUAAACCCCCAUGCCGACCAGGCUUCUCCGAGAGCUUCUACACAGUGUUUGUCUCCAGGGAACUACUGCCAGGCCAGGGCAUUCUGAAAGUAAGGUUUGAGGACUGUCAACACAGCAAGGCGGUGGGCUUCGAGAGCAGUGAUCCUCACUUCGCUGUUCGUCCUGAUGGCUCCGUGUACGCAGAGCAGGAGGUGCUCAACUUGACUGAACCAGUACAGUUCAUGGUGACGGCCCGCGGGGGUCAUGACCCUAACAUCUGGGAGACCACGGUCAAGCUGGCCUUGGCCGGACACCCACCUUCUGUCCCUGUGAAUCAGAUUGGAGUGGAGGAUAUGAUUGCAAGGGCCUGGGAAUCUAAUCCCAAGGUUAUCAAGUUUCCACGGAAACAUCAAAGAAGCUCCUCCGCCAAUGGACUGAGACGACAGAAGCGGGACUGGGUCAUCCCACCAAUCAAUGUGCCUGAAAACUCCAGAGGACCCUUCCCACAAAUGCUAGUCAGAAUCCGAUCAGACCAAGACCAGGAGAAAGGAAUCCGCUACAGCAUCACUGGUGCAGGAGCAGACCAGCCCCCAAGUGAUGUGUACAACAUCGACCCUGUUCAUGGAAAGAUGUUUGUGACCAGACCUCUGGACAGAGAGGAGAGGGCUUCUUACCACCUGCGGGCCCAUGCUGUGGACAUGAAUGGGAACAAGGUGGAGAACCCCAUAGACCUGUACAUCUACGUCAUCGACAUGAAUGACAACCGGCCAGAGUUCCAGAACCAGGUCUACAAUGGUUCUGUGGCUGAAGGCUCCAAGCCAGGCACGUCGGUGAUGCGGGUGACGGCCAACGACUCGGAUGACGACACCACGGCCAACGGGAUGGUGCGCUACCGGAUCCUGUCCCAGACGCCCCACAUGCCCAUCCCCAACAUGUUCACCAUUAACAGUGAAACGGGGGAGAUCGUCACCGUGGCGGCCGGCCUGGACAGGGAGAAAGUGUCCCAGUACACCAUCAUCGUCCAGGCCACGGACAUGGAGGGCAACCUGAACUUCGGCCUGUCCAACACAGCCACCGCCCUUAUCUCAGUGACCGACAUCAACGACAAUCCACCGGAGCUGACUGCCAGGACGUUUUCUGGAGAGGUCCCAGAGAACAGAGUGAACGUGGUGGUGGCCAACCUGACCGUGAUUGACCGGGAUCAGCCCCACAGCCCCAACUGGGCUGCCCAGUACCGCAUCGCCAGCGGAGACCCCCAGGGUCAUUUCCUUAUUCGCACCAACCCUGUCAACAAUGACGGCAUGGUUACUGUCGUCAAGCCGGUGGACUAUGAGCAGAACCGGGCCUUCAUGCUGACGGUGAUCGUCUCUAACCGGGCCCCGCUGGCCAGUGGGAUCCAGUCUUCUCUUCAGUCUUCAGCGGGGGUCACCAUUUCCGUACAGGAUGUCAACGAACCGCCCGUCUUCCCCUCAAACCCGAAGUCCAUCCGCUUUGAGGAGGGUGUGCCAGCAGGUACCACGCUGACCGUGUUCGCAGCCCAAGACCCGGACCUGUUCAUCCAUCAGACCGUCAGGUACUCGAAGCUGUCUGACCCGGCCAACUGGCUGAGGAUCAACAGGACCAACGGUCAGAUCACCACCAUGGCCAUGCUGGACAGGGAGUCCAUGUACGUCAAGGACAACAUCUACGAGGCCACCUUUCUGGCUGCCGACAAUGGUAAGUCUGGCUCGCCCCCAGCCAGCGGUACAGGCACUCUCCAGAUCCAACUGAUAGAUGUGAACGACAACGCUCCGGUUCUGAUGCCCAAGGAGGCCCAGGUGUGCGAGCGCGCCAGCCCCCGCUCCCGGGUCAACAUCACGGCCUCCGACGCAGACGCCGACCCCCACGUGGGGCCCUUCGUGUUCGAGCUGCCCUCCUACCCCCCCAGCAUCCGACGCAACUGGACCGUGUCCCGCAUUAGUGGCGACUAUGCCCAGCUGAGACUGAGGAUUGCCUACUUGGACGCUGGGGUGUACGAUGUUCCCAUCAUGGUGUCGGACUCCGGGAACCCGCCCCUCUCCAACCGCUCCGGUAUAAAGGUGAAGGUGUGCCCAUGUGACGACAACGGAGACUGUACCACCACGGGGGCUGUGGCGGCCGCUGGGCUGGGAACCGGAGCCAUCAUAGCCAUCCUGAUCUGCAUCAUCAUCCUGCUCACCAUGGUGCUGGUGUUUGUGAUGUGGAUGAAGCGCAGAGAGAAGGAGCGUCAGGCCAAACCCCUGCUGAUCGACCCGGAGGAUGACGUCCGAGACAACAUCCUGAAGUACGACGAGGAGGGAGGAGGAGAGGAGGACCAGGACUACGACCUGAGCCAACUGCAGCAGCCCGAGUCUCUGGACCACAUCAUCAAUAAACCAGUGGGGGUUCGCAGGGUGGAUGAGAGGCCCAUCAUCGCUGAAUCCCAGUACCCUGUCAGACCCAGCCUGCCCCAUCCCGGUGAUAUCGGAGACUUCAUUAAUGACGGUCUGAGGGCAGCGGACAAUGACCCCACCGCCCCGCCCUAUGACUCCCUGCUGGUGUUCGACUAUGAGGGUAGCGGCUCCACAGCCGGCUCCGUCAGCUCCCUCAACUCCUCCAGCUCAGGAGACCAGGACUACGACUACCUCAAUGACUGGGGCCCCCGCUUCAAGAAGCUGGCUGACCUCUACGGUGGGGGAGACGAUGACUGAGAGAGGGGUAGGGUGGGGUCUGGGGGGAGGGUUUGGGGUCAGUUGCUCCUCAAAACCACGGACAGGGCCCAUGCAGCAUCUUGUGAAUUGUGGAUCAGUGAGGAAUGGACGGGAUCAUUAGAGAGUUCUAGAACACGGCCUGUGACCUCACCAGGUUCUCUUGCUACUCGAUUCUCGAUUAUUUUCUUUAGUGGCAAGUUUUUUGUUUCUUCUUUUCUCACUCUAUUGGACCUCGAGCUACAUGGGGAGGCAAGACACUCCUGAGAUGCCAGAGUGAUGAUGCUCGUUUGGCCGGGACAAUGAAAAGGAACCGAACAAACCUGUCUCUUUUGGCUUAACGCUGGAUAGAGUUGUAUGGAAAAAAAACUUGACUUUUCUCUCUCAACUUGAAUUUCCGUAGAACAGAAGCACUGUCAUUUUAUAAAGUGCCUUUUGUGGUGUGUUUUGUAUCGGACUCCUGCUAUCUCAGGGUUGGUCGCCAUUGGAGGGGUUUUGAGCGGCACACACUCCCAUGGCCCUCAAACCUUCACAUGGCUCCCACUCCUCACAAAGGACUACUGUACCCAGCAGCAAGACAGAGGACAGAACCUCACGGCAAGCGCCGGCUGUGGGUUAAGAUCAGUUGAACUCUGACCUUUUGAUCGGAUCCAUCACCGAAUCAUCCGGUGAACACAACAGCACUCAGACAUUGGGUUUGUGUGGAUGUUUUUAUAAAUGUGGGGGGUUUCUAACAAACAGAGAAUGCCUGCCUUUCCUCUGUGAACUCAUGAGUCCAGGAGCCUUUACAUUCAGACGCUUGCCUGCCCUGUAUGGUUUUGUGUUGCUUUCCACACUGUAAAGCUUAUAUAGGCAUGAUCUGAGUAGUGAGACAGUAUACAACAGUAAGACUUUUAAUGGCUUGGAGAGAAGGCACUGAAAAAGAGGCAUUAGAAGUAUUUUUCUCGCCUUGAACAUUCCCAUUUUUUAGGUCAACAAAACUAUUAAGAGGUGCAUGAUGUUUUUUCCAAAAUGUUUUACUCAACGCACUUGUUCUUAUGUGGUGAGAAUGUGAAAAAUAGUCAGCUGAAAAUAUAUGAAUAUACUCUGUAAAAAGACAUUAAAAAAAGAAAAUGCUGUAAGAUACCUAUUUUUGAAGUUAACAACAAAAAUGUUGCUGCUCUAGCUCUUCACUGGGCUGAAUGACAUUUUGGCCCGGCCAUUUUCAUGUGUGCGUCUUUCUUUUCUUGUUUUGGUCAAGAUGAAGUAGGAUUCUUUCAGUUUAUCUUUUUCUCUUAUUUCUUUUUUUGGUGGGGCAUGGGGGGGUUGUUUUUUUAAGAAUUGAGAAAGCUUUGUUAUACUCCUGUUUUUUAUAUGUCAAAUUCAGCCCUCUUCUCUUGUCUUUGACAAACACAUUCUGUCACUCUGGACUAUGGAAGGGUCAAACAGCCAUGCCUGCUGAUAGUUGUUCUAUUAUUCAGUGUAACUGAAUAAUUUUCUUCAUUCAUCUAGUUACUGGAUAUGUGCUUUAGAAAAUAAAUGAGACAUGUUUUGACA